UCGCGUUCCUCUGCCCCACUCCCACAUAUAAAAACCGGACGCCAGCGAACACGACGAGGUCCUCCCCUCCUUCCCCGAUCUAGACCCGCCCAAGAAUAUUCCACCGGAAGUCGUCUCCGUCCUCAACGCAAGAGAUGGCGGAAGGGGAUGAGUACCGUUGCUUCAUUGGGAACCUGUCAUGGUCGACAACUGAUGAAAGCCUCAAGGAUGCAUUUAGAAAGUUUGGCAAUGUCACGGAGGCAAAGGUCGUUCUUGACAAGUUUUCUGGCCGGUCACGUGGAUUUGCUUUUGUAACUUUUGAUGAGAAGAAAGACAUGGAAGCAGCUAUUGAGGACAUGAAUGGAUUGGACUUGGAUGGGAGAGCCAUCACUGUUGACAAAGCUCAACCUCAAGGCGUUGGUAGAGACCGUAAUGGUGACCGUGAUGAUCGCGACCGUGGAUCUCGUGGUGAUCGUGGCCGUGACUAUGGUGGUGGUCGUGCGCCGCGUGGAGGAGGUGGUGGUGGGGAUUGCUUCAAGUGUGGCAAACCUGGACACUUUGCUAGGGAGUGCCCGGAUGGGGAUGGUGGUGGGAGAGGUGACAGAUAUGGUGGCAGAGACUCUAGAGAUGAUAGGUAUGGUGGUGGUAGUCGCCAUGGAUCUGACCGUGGCGGUGACCGGUCUGACCGUGGGGGUGAUCGAUCUGACCGUGGUGGUGACCGCUCUGACCGUGGUGGUGACCGAUAUUCUGGUCGCAGCCGGGAUGGUGGAAGUGGUGGUGACCGUCGUGACCGAUCUGGUCCCUACUGAUGGCCUAGAUCUUGAGAAGUGUGUUUCAUCCAGGUAUGAAAACCCUAUCUACUACCACGAUGUGUGUUUCCUUGUGCUUGAAACUUUGUGAGCAUGUAUUUGAACUAUGAUGUACCGUGAGUAAGCAGCUCCUUUAUUAUAGACCAUAUUGCUGACCUGCUUAUUAUUGUUUCCUACUUAAUGUGAGUCCUAUGACUUGGUCA